UUCACAACACUGCGCGUCCUAGCAGAUAGUGCUGCGCGCCUCCGCCGCUCUAAUGUUCAAGGUUCCAGUACGUCACGAACAAGGAAACGUAGCAGCCGGGUCUUGUUUGCGGCUAACCUGACGGAAUUUAAAAGCUGCAGACGAAGGUGCACGAUGCUUCCGCCCGUCGGCAUCCAAUUUGAGCCAAGCUGAAGCAGCGACAGAGUAACAGAAAUGACAAAGGAAGAUGUUCAGGAGCCGGCCUCUGAAGGUGAUACAUUGCUAAACGGACAAAGGAGUGCGUCCCCAGACUUGGAGAGACCAGUUGUUCACCAGGUGGCCUCUGCUCCCAUGCCUGCGGACAGUGAAUUUUCUUUCUUUGACCCCAAUGAUCCAAAGUGCCAGGAUAUUUUGUUUGACCCAGACACCACUAUCUCUGAACUAUUUGCUGUUUUACGACAAUGGGUACCACAAGUUCAGCAGAACAUCAGUGUUAUUGGCAAUGAGAUUCUGAAAAGAGGCUGCCAAGCAAAUGACCGUGAUGGCUUAACUGAUAUGACUCUUCUCCAUUAUACCUGCAAAGCUGGAGCUCCAGGCAUUGGUGAUGCAGGGACUGCUGCCUCCUUUGCAUCCCAGCUGAUUUCCAUGGGUGCUGAUCCUAACCUGCGCAGCCGAUGGACCAACAUGAAUGCUUUACACUAUGCAGCAUAUUUUGAUGUACCAGAGCUGAUCUGUGUAGUCCUGAAAAGUUCACGAACAGGGGAGGUUGAUGCCACUUGCAGUGAUUUUGAUUUUGGCACAGCCCUUCAUAUUUCUGCUUCCAACCUGUGUUUAUCAGCAGUAAAGUGCCUGCUGGAACAUGGAGCUAAUCCUGUCUUCAGAAAUGAUCGGGGCUUGAUUGCAGCAGAUGUGGUUCCAGAUCCAUUGGAAAUGCCUUUGGACAUGGCUGAAACAGCUGCCCUUGCCAAGGAGCUACGCAAAGUGCUUUUGGAUGCCCUGCCUCUGUCCUGUGAUAUCAGCAAAACAAUUUUGCCUAAUUAUGACUACAUCUCAGGAAAAACCCUUCUUCGGUCUCUGGGAAUAAAUUUAGGGGACAGAGUAAUCAUUGCUGGACAAAAGGUUGGAACUUUACGCUUUUGUGGAGCUACAGAAUUUGCCAGUGGACAAUGGGCAGGGGUAGAAUUAGAUGAGCCAGAAGGCAAAAACAAUGGUGCUGUUGGUGGUAUUCGUUACUUUAGAUGCCCACCAAAUCAUGGUAUAUUUGCCCCAUUGUCGAAGAUUACCAGGGUAACAGAUCGUAAGGAAACAUUAAUGAAGUGCUCCACUCCUAAAGGUUCAAUGCCUGUCCGAGCACAGAAGAUUGACUUGUCUCGUGUUAUUUCUAAAGUAAACUCUGGUGUUUCCAAAAAGCAGAUGAACAAAAAGGUACCAACUUCCACUGAACUGUCAGAUGACAACCCAGGUACCAGGUCGACCCAAGCAGAAGGUUCAGUAUCAAUCCCCUUCUCAAGCUGCUCUUCAUCCUCAACAUCAUCUCUGGAUGUUAAAGUUCCAAUGAAUAACAAACAAAAACAGACAAAUCCAAGACUUCAGAAUGUUUCUCGUACCAGGAGGUCUAUGCCUGCAUCAGUUCGUUCCACAGGAGUGCAGAGGAUCUUCUCUAUGGGUAGUGUCCAGUCUGAAGAUUCAAACAUUCAGGUUGGAGACAGAGUUCUGGUUGCAGGACAAAGAACAGGUGUUGUUCGAUUUCAUGGAAAAACAAGCUUUGCUCCAGGAUUCUGGUAUGGAGUGGAAUUAGACAAACCCAGUGGAAAGAAUGAUGGCUCAGUGGGAACAGUGCGCUAUUUCAAUUGCCCACCUAAACAUGGUGUCUUUGCUCCACCAUCCAGAGUGCAGAGGGUUCAUGGCUCCUUGGAUUCUCUUACAGAUAUCUCCUCCAGACUCAGUCAUUCCUACCCUGGUAUGAGACGGAGUUAUAGCACAUCCUCAGGUAUUUCCUCACAGCGGGAACUGAACAAGAGGACUGCUGUUAGCAGCUUGGAUCUGGUGUCCAGGUCUCGACCUGCUGUCCUGUUUCGGAGUUGGAGCACCACCAGUACCAGUGGUAGUUUGUCUCAAACCCCAGACAGAGGGGUGAAACUGCAUCAAGGAAUGCAAAUUCUGCUUCUCAGCUCUAAUGAAAUGGCUACCUUACGCUACAUUGGUCCGACUGAUUUUGCUCCAGGUUUGUGGCUGGGACUAGAAUUACGCUCGCCAAAGGGUAAGAAUGAUGGCUCAGUUGGUGAUCGACGUUAUUUCACUUGUCGGCCAAAUUAUGGAGUGUUGGUACGACCAAGUCGCAUUGCUUAUAGAGGAAUCAAUGGUGCCAAGCUAGUAGAUGACUGCAACUGAACGUCCUGAAUUUGCUGAAGUCAUCGGCAUCAAAGGUACAGCAAGUUGAGUAUGGGAUAAUGGGGAAAGUGAACUGCUGGGAUUCUGGUGUGACCUUUUACAGUUCUGCUUUUCACAGUAUUUUUGUUACUUUUAUAGAGCCCCACUUCAUAAAAUUAUUUUACUGAGUUGAGCUUCAUUUUUCCUUCAAACAUUUAUUUUUCUAUAUAGUAUCCAUUCUUGUGAAACAGAAGCUAGGUAAUAUAGUUUUAACAUACUUAAGCAAGUGUUAACAAUUAGUGAUACAGAGUAAAUUGACAGUGCAAAGUUAAUGUAAAUGCUUCUCAAGAUUCAAACACAGUACAUUAUAUUCUUAGUCUUCCUGAAUCAUCCUUCUUGUCUUGUUUUAUUAUUAUAGUGUUACAGCUGUUUUGAUGUUUUAAAUUUGAAAUUUUCAAUCUUCUGUUUUAACAUUUUUUAUUUUUGUAUGCUAUUUAUUGAGUCAGUGUUGCCUUUACUGAAAAAGUGGUCUGCAAGAAAAGUAAAAUCUAGAAAGUUAAGCUGUUUAUAUACUAUAAGUAGUAUGAGGUCACAGCUGUCACAUUUUGUUAGCAAGCUGUUUAGGUCACACUUGUCCACUAUUUAUUUGUACGAUUCACAAAAACACAUUCAGCAAUAUAAGUGUGAGGGGUUUGGGGGUGGGGGAGCUUUGUUUUUUAGCUUACCACUGCACUUAACAUUAUAAAUUUAAUUCACAGGUUAUUUCUAGUAAAGAGAUUAGUAUACUCUGCAGUUCUGCUCUGAUUUGUUGCUGCUGUUUAAAGUGCAGUAUUUUUGUUGUUGUUGACGCUGCCACAAACCACCAUUUGACACUGUGCACACCAUCUUUGCAUUCUAUACAUGUCAGCAACAUAGCAAUAUUUUCAACAGGGUAUAGAGUUUGCACUUGACAGGUAUGGUACAUGCCUGUUAUACCAAAGCACAAUGGAUUCAAAGUACAGAGCUGAACAUGUAACAAACAUUGCAACACACACAGUAAUCCAAAAAAACCCAGUUUACCAUUACUGGGCUCCUCCAUAUUUUUUUACAUUUUUUCUAAUCUUAUUUAUUCACGGACAUUUACCUUUUAAAGAUCUCAAAACAAUUUUGACAUUAUGUUUAUCAAAGAAUCCUAAGUGCAAAAGCUUAUUUAGAACCUAAAACAGCAUUACAUUAAGGUUUAUUUCUGCAGUUGCUUCAGUUGGUUUUAUGAGAAGAUUGUUUUUAAAUAAAUUAUAAUAUGAUAAUUGAACUUUUUAAAUAAUAUUCAUUGCUUCAUUGCAUGUAAUGUUGCUCUGUGGUGCAGCUGGUUGUUUUAGAUUUUAAUCUGUUUUAUUUAAAGUUCAGUACAGCCUACUGCGUAGAAAGUAUUUUCUAAUCAUAAUAUAAUGUUUAAGUAAGAGAAAAUGCUAUUUCUAAAUUACUAUUUGCAUAUUUAAUUCCAUAUCAGAUUUUUUUGGUUCUAAAAAGAGUUACGAUUCUAAAUAUUUUAUUUGUUGUUUAUUUGUUGAUGUCAGUAUCAGAUACUUCAGCUGUUGUUCUAAUGUUCCUUUUCUAGUCCAGAAAACAAUGAGAAUUUUCACUAUGGGUUUGAUUUACAGUACAUAGCAUGAAUUUCUAAUCAGACUUAUGGAGGGGAAGUGUAUUCCAGUUGCAUUGUAUCCUGUGUUCAGCUUGAAUUUUGUAUAUGUAAAAAGUUGUGUGGAAAAUUAAUCUAUUUUCAUGUGUGCAUAAAAUGUACAUGCUUUGAAAGUAAGAGUGUUUUAUUUAUUUAUUGUACUCUAAUUAAAAUGUUUUGCUGUAUUUUAAUUAAAAAUAAUUAUAUUUAAAA